CUAAUCAUAUAGCCCUUGUGAUUAAAGUCAGUAAAACAGUGAUCUUUUUAAUAAUGUCUUGAAACUAACGAAGAGGAGACAUAAAUUCGAAAUUCCGGUAGAGUGAAUUGGCAAAGGUUAUCAAAAAUUCAGACAGUUUCCACAGAGAGAAUUGGUAAGGGGUCGCGAUGGGUCCGCAGCCCGAACAGCCGCAGAUGCACUUCAGUCCCAAGGUGGACUACAUCCUCAUCCUGGACAAGCUGCGUGAUGAGUUCAACAAGAAGUUCGCCACGAACACACCAUCGCCCUCGACGGGCCUGGAUGACUACGACAUAAAGGCAACAUUGGGAUCUGGGUCUUUUGGGAAAGUGCAAUUGGUGCGGGAAAGGGAAACGGGUGCCUACUACGCCUCCAAGCAGCUCAGCAAGGAUCAGAUAGUGAAGACCAAGCAGGUGGCUCAUGUAAUGAGCGAAAAGAAUGUCCUGCGCUCAAUGAUGUUCCCCAACACGGUUAAUCUUGUGGCUUCCUACAAGGACAACGACAGCCUGUACCUCGUCUUACCGCUUAUUGGUGGAGGCGAGCUUUUUACUUACCAUCGAAAGGUUCGUAAGUUUACUGAAAAGCAGGCUCGUUUCUAUGCUGCCCAAGUAUUUUUGGCCCUGGAAUACCUUCACCAUUGUAGUCUACUAUAUCGCGAUCUGAAGCCUGAAAACAUAAUGAUGGACAAAAAUGGAUACCUGAAAGUCACCGAUUUUGGUUUUGCAAAGAAAGUGGAAACUAGAACCAUGACGCUUUGUGGUACCCCGGAGUACUUGCCGCCGGAGAUCAUUCAAUCGAAACCCUAUGGAACCAGCGUCGACUGGUGGGCAUUUGGAGUCCUGGUCUUUGAGUUUGUGGCAGGACACUCGCCGUUCUCUGCCCAUAACCGGGAUGUGAUGAGCAUGUACAAUAAAAUAUGUGAAGGAGACUACAAAAUGCCCAGCUACUUCAGUGGGGCCCUGCGGCACUUGGUGGAUCAUUUGCUGCAAGUGGAUCUCUCAAAGCGCUAUGGAAACCUCAUUAAUGGGAAUCGGGAUAUCAAGGAGCAUGAGUGGUUCAAGGAAGUGGAGUGGAUACCGCUGCUCAACCAAACGGUGAAUGCUCCCUAUGUGCCAAAUAUCAGCAAUCCCGAGGACAUAUCCAAUUUUGACAAGGUCUCUGACAAACCCCGGCCCAAAGCCAAAACAAUGCGACACGAAGAAGCCUUUCAAGACUUUUGAUUAUAGCUAACUCUGUGUCAGUGACAACCCAUUUGAUUUUGUAUAUUUUCGGCAUUGUAUAGAAAAAU